GUUUUGUGGUUUUGCGAUUACGUUGUUGAUUCCAUUGCUAAACAAACUGUGCGUGGAAGAACACAGUUGGGAAAGCGCGUUGCGGUUAUCUGAAGCCGAGUAAACAGAUUGGCCGGCCAGUGAGGGCUUCCAGUUAGCUGGAAACCAACGAAAUCGCCGUUUGUUUAUUGCAAUUCCAGAUACCCUAGACACUGGCGCAGCACCUGGAACUGAGAAAAAGAGAGACGUCGCCGGUGAGCGGAUCGCCGAUCGGCGGAGGUGUACGGCUACGGCUCCGGCUCCCGCUCCGGCUCCGGCUCUAUAAAUAUGGCUGCUCGCCAGCUGGGCCUCUUAGUCCGAUCGCUAGCCGUUGACCUUUCGCGCACAGCCAGCGCCCUCCGUGCGGGCACAGUGAGCUCCUACAGUACGGCGCCCACGCUCAGUACGGUGAGCGUUCCACGCAUGGACCCCCAGGCGGCAGCGGGCUCGGGUUGCAGCCUCGCCGAGCUCGUCUUCAAUCCCCGCUUACAGGGUAUCAACGGAAACCACAGUGCCAGCAAUGGCUCCAGCAGCAGCAGCAAAAACAAGGCCGAGAACGCCGCCUUUGAGGAGGCCAUCGUGCAGUUGAACUGCCUGCAGUCCAACGACGCUGCCAUAAGGAACUCGAUGAGCAACGCUCGCGUGGACACCAAGGCGGACACCAUCAAGUACCUCGAGCGGAGCGGUCUGCCGCUGGAGACCGUGGAGCGGCUGUCCUUCAUCCAUGUAGCCGGUACCAAGGGCAAGGGCUCCACCUGCGCCCUGACCGAAUCCCUGCUGCGUCAUCAAGGCUACCGCACGGGAUUCUUCAGUUCGCCGCACAUCCUGUCCACCAACGAGCGCAUCCGCAUCGAUGGCCAGCUGCUGGCCAAGCACAAGUUCACGGAGCACUUCUGGACGGUGUACAAUCGCCUGUGGGAGCUGCGCGAGCACGACCACGACAUGCCCGCCUACUUCAAGUUCCUGACCAUACUGGGCUUCCAUGUCUUCGUGGCGGAGGGCGUGGAUGUGGUCGUCCUGGAGGUGGGCAUCGGGGGGGAGCACGACUGCACGAAUAUCGUGGGAAAUGUGCGCACCGUGGGCCUCACCUCGCUGGGACUGGAGCACACGGAGCUGCUGGGCCACACGCUGCCGGAAAUCGCCUGGCAGAAGGCGGGCAUCAUCAAGCCGGGAGCGCACGUCUUCACGCAUGUAAGCCAGCCGGAGUGCCUGGCGGUGAUUCGCCAGCGGGCGCAGGAGAAGGCGGCCACGCUCUACGAAGUCCCGCCCACCGAGCACUACUUCCGGUCCGAGGCCUAUGCUCGGCUUUGGGACAACUUCAGUGAUAUGAUCCGUCUGAAUGGCUCGCUGGCCAUUCAGCUGGCCGAAGAUUGGCUGGCGCACAAGGGGAACCCGCCGCAGCGGGAGCACAGGCCCAACGAGGUGCGGAUGGAUGCCCAGCUGCUGCGCGGACUGGUCAGCACCCACUGGCCAGGUCGCUGCCAGCUGGUCGACUGGCAGGGCAUGCGGCUCCAUCUGGACGGAGCCCACACCCUGGAGAGCAUGGCCGUGUGCACGGACUGGUUCGAGAAGAGCGUGCGAGGCAGUGUCAACCCCAAGAUCCUGAUCUUCAACCGCACCGGGGAGUCGGGCGUCGCCCCCCUGCUGGAGCUACUGAGUCGCACCUGUGCCUUCGACCUGGUCUGCUUUGUGCCCAACCUGGCCACCUCCACGCCGAAUGCGCCCAGCCAGGUGAUGGUUCGCUUCAGUGCCGAGAUGCAGCUGAAGCGGGCGCGGACCAUUGCCGGCGAGUGGAGCCAGCUCUGCGCGCGGCAGGGGCAGCCGGAUAAGGGCCAGGUGUACGACACCCUGACCGAGGCCUUCGCCGCCAUCCGGCGAAGAUUCCCCCAAACGGACAACGGCGGACAACUCGAGGUCCUCGUCACCGGUUCCAUUCACCUGCUGGGCGCAGCGAUAAGUGCCCUGGACCUGAUCGAAGAGUCCCAGAACUGAGCCCUACAUUCCUAGGGAAACGGAAACCAAUUAUUGCAUAGGAAGUUAUUUUAUUCCUAAACCCUAAACCUAGUUACUAUACUUCCAAUUCCUAAAAAUCUUAGGUUAGAUUUAGUUGUUGCUAAGACCAGUCCAAUCCAGAGUUAACCAAUUUCAAAUCACGUAUUUGGACUUUAAAAUCCUAUAAAUAUUCCUACUUCUUAAUAGGAAGCAUUGGUCCUACAGUCCUGGAAUCCACAGUGAAACAAAGGUCAAUUGUAUAGAAUACGAUUUUGUUUUAGUUAAGUUCUAUGGUCUUGAGAUCCAGACUUUAAAAUGUUAUGGAAACAUAAAAUAUAACAUUAUACAGUUUGAAACCUACAUAUUUACAUAUAAAGACAAAAAGUUUAAGCAGAGAAAUAUAAAAAACAACUAAGAUUUAAGCACACAUUCUCUUCCAUUAGAAAGCAAGCAAGGAAACUUAAAAAAUCAUAAGUUACAUUUUGUAAUGGUUUUCAGCCAGUGAAAUAAUUAUUUACCAUUUGGUUAGGCAACAAACUUUAAUAACAGAGUCUUGCAUGCGAGAUUUCUUAUAGACGAGUACUACGAUUGUUGUAAAACGUAAAUAAAAUGUUUCUAACAUGCAUAUAAUGAAUUCAAAAUGUUAGAUUUCUUAUAAUUGAAAGGAAAUUAAAUUUGAAAUUAGUAAAUUCAA